GCCGCGGAGGGCCAGUUCUUUGAGCUCAGGCGGCCUCAGAAACGCGGAGGUCCCUCCAGUUCCAGUGCUCGCCCCUGGUGUUGGCAGCACAACAGGAGACGGCGGUUGUGAGGCUGAGAAUGCAGGGUUUUGCUGCGAUUGUCAUCUGGAGUCAAGGAGCCGAGGAUGAGACGCGGACAGGUGCACAAGAAUCUUCUGCAGAAGUACAGCUGCCCACUAGCGUGAGACCCAAGUCCCUGCCUUGGCCCAGGAUGUCUCGAGAAUCGAAGGAAGGCACAGCCCUGGACGGCCAAUCUGCAGAGAACCAGAUUGGGCUUCUGGUCGUAAAGGUGGAAAAGGAAGAGGCCUCUGCCGUGGUGGGGGAGGCCAACCCUGUGCAGUGUUCAGAAAACUCCCACUGGCGCUUCCGGGGCUUCCGCUACCCCGAGGCCGAGGGGCCGCGCGAGGCUCUGAGCCGGCUGCGGGAGCUCUGCUGACGCUGGCUGCGGCCCGAGACGCACAGCAAGGAGCAGAUCGUGGAGCUGCUGGUGCUGGAGCAGUUCCUGACCAUCCUGCCCGAGGAGCUGCAGGCCUGGGUGCGGGAGCAGCAGCCGGAGAGCGGGGACGAGGUGGUGGUGCUCCUGGAGUAUUUGCAGAGGCAUCUGGAGGAGCCAGGGCCGCAGGUCCUCGGUGGUGACCAGACACAGCUGCUCUGUUGCAAAAUGGAGGUGCUGACACCAGCUCAGAGGCCCUGGAGUACCGAGUUGCAGCCAAAGAAGGCUCUGCUCAAGCGCGAAUCUCUGGGAUCCCAGGCCUCAGCAGACAGAGUCCUCCAGGUUCCCGGGCUUGCCCCGGGAGGGCGCCGCAGAGGACACGCAGUGGUGACUGCCAGGCUGCCCCCACAGCCCCAGGGCUUGCUGAAGACGGAAGACGUGGCCCUGGCUUCCUCCCUUGCGUGGACACAGCUGGAUUCAUCUUGGAGGAGCUUCCACGGAGAGGAAAGGCAGGAGAACUGCGGCGGCCUGACUCCCCUGGGUAAGACAUGGGUGCUGCUCUCUGCUAGGGUCUCGUGGCUCCCCUUGUCGGUCAGAAGCUGCUGGGCUGUGAGAAGCUGUCUGAGCUGUUUGUGUCCAGAGCCACCGAUUCUGAACCCGCUCCUAACCGCAGCAUGA